UGCCCCGGGAAGCUGCUCGGCCGCGCCAGCCACGGAACGGGCUUCGCCGCCGCCGCCGCCGCCCCGUCUCUGCCAGUGGUAGCCGGCGGGCUCCAGCGCCAUGAGGCCGAGGUGAGCUUCUUCUCCUGAGCUGCCUCUCUCUUUGGCUGCUCCAGCUGACCCACAGAGGUGGGGGAAUUUGGGAUCCCUCCGGAGGGGAGCUCUUGGCUGCUUCAAGGGCAGGAGAAUGAGUGGACAGCGUGUGGAUGCCAAAGUUGUGAUGCUGGGCAAAGAGUACGUGGGCAAGACCAGCUUGGUGGAGAGAUAUGUUCACAAUCGCUUCCUGGUGGGACCCUAUCAAAAUACAAUAGGUGCUGCAUUUGUGGCCAAGGUGAUGCCCGUGGGAGGCCGGACAGUGACCUUGGGAAUCUGGGAUACAGCUGGCUCGGAGAGGUAUGAGGCCAUGAGCCGGAUAUACUACCGUGGGGCAAAAGCUGCCAUCGUAUGUUAUGAUCUUACUGAUAGCAGCAGUUUCCAGAGAGCAAAAUUUUGGGUGAACGAGCUGCAGAACUUUGAGGAGAACUGCAGGAUCUAUUUGUGUGGCACUAAGAGUGACUUGUUGGACGAGGAUAGGCGAAGGCGGGGAAUUGAUUUCCAUGAUGUUCAGGACUAUGCUGAUGCGAUCAAAGCUGAGCUAUUUGAAACCUCGAGUAAGACCGGGCAGAAUGUGGAUGAACUCUUCCAGAAGGUGGCUGAGGAUUAUGUGCAGUUCGCUGCCUUUGAGAUGACAGAGGAAAAAGGAGUCGAUCUGAGCCAAAAGAGCAGCACCACCUACUUCUACAGCUGUUGCCAUCACUGAAUUCUAUCCUUAUUUUGCCAAAAGCAGCACUCCCGUUUGAGAAGCACAGCAAUUAGUCAGCACUGGAGAGUCACUGCAGAACAGGGGUUUGUCUAGGCCUUCUCCUGCAACAGCUCUGCUCAGUCACAACUCCCAUUGAGGCACUCUCCAGAGUCAGCAAGCAGCAUGCCUGAGGAUGAAGCAAUACAGAUCGCUUGGAGAAACAUAAUCUUCCCCCUCCGGCUCAUGUUAGCACUGCUCAAGACUAAUUUCCUCUCUUAUUUGAUGUUACUUCUCAUCUAAUGGAGUGGGAAGAGCCCUCCAACGCAAGCCCUUUCAAACACAACACACAGGGGUAGUCUGCUAAGCUUGUACAGAAGUAGUUCUCUCCAAAAUACUACUGACACAUUUAAAAGCACCACACCACGCAGUAUAUCAACAUGUGAUUAAGAGGGGCAUCCUUCUCCAGCUGCCCCAGGGAUCAUCUUUCCAGAGAAGUAGGGGAAAGUUCUCUGUGACGCUGCUCAAGAGAACUGGGAGGAAAGGCACUCGCCUGCCCCUCAAGGCAUCUGCAUAGUACUCACUCCCGCAUUCUAGAACUCUGGAUGCUUCCAAGGUGUUGCUCUGCGCAAAUGCAGAACCCAUGUGAUCACAAAGAAGAAUAGUUGCUUGUGCAGGUGCAAGCGUACACUUUCAAAAAGCCACCACAUCAGUAGCGAGAGUGCACGGGGAACUAGGGGCCCAUAGAGACGCUGAUCCCUACCUCCCUGAAAAAGGACAGAGUUUGGGAACUUAGGAGGCAAAGUUGUGGCCAUCAUUAAUGGAUGGUGUCCAUGUAUGCUUAUGCCACAAUAAAUUUGCUUGUCUUUAACGUGCCACAA